AUGGUUAGAUACUAUUCAAAUUCUUCUUACUAUGAUUACCUUCAAUACCUUUCUCUCCCAAUCCACCUUUGUGUCUUCCUCUCUGUUAUGUUCCUGGUUUUGGGCUUCACAUGGUACAUCAACUAUGAGUCCAUGUUUGAAGAUUUGAUGGACCAGUUCAAGAUCUUUCUCAUGGUCGUUCCCAUACUUCUUCUCCUUGUGGUCCACUGGCUGUCAAGUGAAGACCGGCAGUGUGUCCCGUUUUCAAUAUCUCUGCCGGAGAGGGAAUCGCUUCACAGGGCUGGCGGGUCACCUUGGGGAGUGGCUGCCGUUCUGGUUUUUCUACUUUAUAUGAUCUCUUAUCAGUCUAAGUUACACGAAAGCUGGUUUCCUAUAGCGAGCAGAAGAUGA